AUGGAUACAGAAAAAUUAUUUAUUGCACAAAAUUCUACAACUCUUAAACUACUUUUCCACAUAACUGCCGAAAUUUUGCAGGCAUUUGUCAUAGCGUGGCACAAGUUUUUGUAUACCUUCUUCAUAGAAGUUUGCCGCCUGUGUCUUCAACCAGUUGUAAGUUCCGCUGCAGCGCUGCGAUCGCAGUUCCGCAUAUGCGCGGUAGACGCUCUGUAUCAAGGAGAAGAAACGUGCGCCAUUUGGAGAUCGCUGUCAGCCACGUACGCUUUGUUGUGCAUGUUUACAAUGUCGGUGUUGAUUGAAAAUCCCGCCGCUUGUGAAAUCAGAUCUGUGAUUCGUUUUCUGAAUGCUAGGAAAGUGAAACCAAUUGAAAUUUAUCGGCAAAUUUGCGAAGUUUAUGGACAAAAUGCGAUGAGUGAUUCAAUGGUGAGAAGAUGGGUCCGACAGUUCAAUGAAGGACGUAGUGAAGUGCACGAUGAAGAACGAAGUGGGCGUCCAUCUUUGGUUACAGAAGAACUGGUUCACGCGAUUGAUGACAAGAUCCGGGAAAACCGCAGGUUUACAAUUAGUGCUCUCGCUAUGGAAUUUCCCCAAAUCUCACGAUCACUAAUUCAUGAAAUUGUUACCGAAAAACUGAAAUUUCGUAAACUUUGCCGACGUUGGGUACCAAAGAUUCUUACUGAGCAACACAAAACAAAACGGAUGGGUAGUGCACUUCAGUUUUUGACCCGUUAUGAUGAAGGCGGCGAAGAAUUUCUGACACAGAUAGUCACAGGAGAUGAAACUUGGGUUUCUUACGACACCCCUGAAAGUAAGCGGCAAUCAAUGGAAUGGAGGCACACUUCAUCCCCAGCAAAGGUUAAGCCGAAACAAAUCUUGACACCUCGGAAAAUGAUGUGCACAGUGUUCUGGGACUGGAAAGGCAUCUUACUCAUUGAUUUCUUACCGCGUGGUCAAACAAUCAAAGCAGAUGCUUACUGCGAGACACUUAGGAAAUUGCGCCGCGCAAUACAGAAUAAGCGCCGAGGAUUGCUGUCAAAAGGUGUUGUUUUUCUUCACGACAACGCACGACCACACACUGCAAAUGUGACGAAAAACCUCCUACAGGGAUUUGGCUGGGACGUGUUUGACCAUCCUCCAUACAGCCCUGACCUCGCUCCUAGCGACUUUCAUCUGUUCUUACAUCUCAAGUCUUUCCUUGGCGGUCAACACUUCAACAAUGACGAAGAGCUGAAAGAAAAUGUUUCCAACUGGUUGAAGACACAGGCGGCAAACUUGUAUGAAGAAGGUAUACAAAAACUUGUGUCACGCUAUGACAAAUGCCUGCAAAAUUUCGGCAGUUAUGUGGAAAAGUAG